AGAUGGGCGCCGCCCUCCCCUGAGCCCGCCCACAAGCCCGCGGCGCUUGAGGAGGGCGUGACGCGUUUUCCCGGUAGCCGUUCUCGGUCAUCGCGGUGCCUGCAGGCCCCAGCCGGUCAGGCGGCCAUGGCGGCGACCGACACGGGGGCGGCUGCGCCCGACUACGAGGCGGCGGAGCUGUACACUCGCGUCUUCCGAGUAGGCGCCCUCGGCCACUGCUGGCGGGAGCAGCUGGGGCCGCCCGACCUCUCGCUGGCGGUGGAGGCGGCUGUCGAGGCGGAUGCAGCCGUGGCGGCAGAGCUGGGCUGCGCGGCGGACACGGCAGCUGAGCUUCGGACUGUGUGCAGCAUUGAUAUGUUGAUGCCUUCUGAUAAAGAAAAGGACCCAGAUGUUAUUCCUGAAGAUAGCAGUCUGCUGACUCUUCGAAUUAGGAAGAAGGCAUUAGAGAGGAGAGAAGAACUAAUUAUUGUGGAUCGGGCUUGCAGACAAGAAACUCUUGCCUAUGAAAUGGAGUCAUAUGCAGCCGGAAAGAGGCCAGAUAAUCCAGCAGAUCUCGUUGAUGAGGGAGAACUACUCCUGACUCUGAACAUCUUCUAUCCUGUCAUAUUUCAGAAGCAUAAAGAUCAUAAGCCCUACCAGACAGUCCUUGUACUGGGCAGCCAGAAGCUUACUGAGCUGAGAGAUUCUAUUUCCUGCGUCAGUGACCUCCAGAUAGGUGGUGAGUUCAGCAGUCAGCCAGAUCAAGCACCAGAGCACAUCAGCAAGGAUCUCUACAAGUCGGCUUUCUUCUAUUUUGAAGGCAUCUUUUAUAAUGACAGAAGAUACCCAGAGUGCAGAGAUCUGAGCAGAACGAUUAUUGAGUGGUCAGAAACUCAUGACAGAGGCUAUGGAAAUCUUCAGUCUGCUAAAAUGGAGGACUACACAUUUAAUGAUUUGGCCCUCAAAAUUGGCUUUCCAUACCUCUUCUGCCACCAGGGGAGCUGUGAGCACAUCAUUAUCGUCACAGAUACAAGGCUCAUUCAUCAUGAUGACUGCCUGGACCGAAACCUCUAUCCCCUGCUAAUCAAGAAACAUUGGCUAUGUACCAGAAAAUGCUCUGUAUGCAAAAUGUAUACAGCCAGGUGGGUAACCAACAAAGACAGUCUGGCACCAGAGGAUCCUUGCUUCUUCUGCGAUGUCUGUUUUCGGAUGCUUCAUUAUGAUGCGGAAGGCAAUAAACUGGGGGAGUUUCUUGCAUAUCCUUAUGUCGAUCCUGGGAUUUUCAACUGAAACUGACGUAAGCCAGAAUGACUCUGUGAGAGACUAAAGCUUGUCUCUCCUGAUAUGACUCAACAAAGAUAAAAUCACCUUUGCUGCUUGCCCAGACAAUCACUGAUGUGUAUUGGGCAGAGCCACUGGAACAACCAAGACCACCUUCAGGAAUAUGCAUAAGACAAGAUAGUCUCCCCCAUCAAGUACCCCGGAAAGGGAGGAUGGUGAGACAAUGGAUUCACCACCUGGCCCCUGGUUUGCUGGGGCACAAUGCUUGGACACAUACCUAAGGCCUAAAAACUGUUUAAAAGACUUGAGCAACUACUGGCUCAAGAGAAGAAAAACACAGAAGGAAAACAUGGAUGAAGAAAAACAGAGGAGAAGGACAAUGCUGCUGAGAAGGAAGACACGAGAGAAGGAGAAGCCCAGGGCAAUGCUGCUCUGAAGUAAAAUGGAAAGAAAAAUGACAGAGACAACACCAUGGAGCCUGGAAGAAGCAGAACCCUCUCUCCGUGUCCUAAGUUCCACCUGCUGCAACUCAUGGAGCUGAAGAGGCUGCCCAGAGGACCACAUCUCUUCUCCAGCCAAAGCCUCAGCACCGUUUCUCUACAGACCCAACAUCUCCUGCAGCACCUUGUCUCCACAGACUCAAACUGUCUUGGGGAGUGAGGGGUGUGGUAAAAUAAUUCCUUUC